UUAGCACAGUGCAUUCAACUAUGCAGGUUGUUGUUCGCGGUGCUGUGCCCUUCCAUCGCUAAACGUCAGUGCCAGCAAGGACAGCAGCACUCUCCUACAUACAACAGGUGAGGAGCUACAGCAGCAGCAAUGGGGGCGGCGUUAUCCAUGCAGAAGUUCCUGGCCACGCCGUUGGCGGCGCAGUGGAAGUUCCCAUUCGUGGUGAACCCGCGCUUCUGCCGACGCCGCGUCACGACACUCGAACUGACGGACAAUUUCUGGACGCACACCACGGACAUCAACGGCUACGCAGUGCGUGAGGCCGAGUCGGGUCGCGUCCUGUUCCGCGUCAUGCCCACAAUUGAGGGUGAACUGUCAGAUGGGCGCACCAAGUGGUUAGUGGACGAGUACGGCAUCCCCGUGGCCCAUUUGACGCACAGAGAACACCCCACAAUAGCGGCCUACGACGUGUGUCUGGGCAAGCGGCGGGCGCCUCAACCGAAGGUGCUAACAACGUUUAAGAUCAAGUUUGUACCUGGAAGAGGAGAGCCGCUGCUUGCUGAAGUGGAUGACCCACACACAGGAGGCAAAAGUCGGAUUGGAUGCCACGGAAUGUGGCGACAACGAGCCGCAGUGCUGUAUCUGGAGCGGGGACGCGGAGGUCGUCGGGAACCUAUCGCCAAAGUCUAUCGCCCUGCUAGCAACAGGAUGACAAGCUUUGGAGGCAAUUCUUAUCACGUGGAGACGGCAAUUGGAGUGGAUAUGGCGCUGGUACUUCUGGUCUGUGCAGCUAUGGACGACGCCAGUUUGCAUUUCCACAAGGCACACAGAAAUCCACUACUCGGCACAUCAGGAAUUCAGUGAGUACAACCCCUACCAAGCUGCAGCAAGGAACGCAGUAUUCAAGGCGCGUAAAUAAUAUAAAAUUUGUUGUGAGUUUAUUAUUUUUUAGAUGUUCGACCCCUUUCCAAUGAGGGUCAAAUGCCA